UCUCACUUCUGUCCCCCAGGACCAAGGUCCAAUGUGUUUGUUUAUUUCCAACUUGCUGAAGUCUUCAUUCUGCUGACAGUCUGUCUGGGAUCAUACUGUUUCUACAAGAAGAAAACCUGUCCUCAAGAACAAGGUCAGUAACCAUGCACCAUUGUACCUUUGUUUAACAUAUUUUGUUUGAUAAGUUUAAUUGUAUUAUUAUGCUUAUUUCGCUCUCUCCCCCUCUCCAUCUUUCCCCCUCUCUCUCUCUCUAGAUGAUGGUGAGUAAGCAGAGCGUAUGCAGUCUCUUGCCAUGGGGACCAUGACUAAUAACUAAUGAUGAUGUUAUACUGCUUAUCACUGUUUUAAUCUUUAAUGGAGCUCAAACUCAAAGCACAGUAAUAUAUUUACUCAAUAUAUGCCAUUCAGUUCUUUUGACAUUCAUUUUCUUAGUUUCAUAAUGUUCCUUAAGACCUGUCCGUAACAAGUUAAUAAUUAAUGAUCUAUGUGAUGGUGUUUAUUUAAUGGAUUUUAACACUUGAAUUGUAGUGUUUUAGUGUUUUUUUAUUUGUACAUACAGUUACAUAAACUAAUGAAAAUUCUAUUGUGUUUUUGAAAAUACAUUUUCUUUCAUAUUCUAAUGUUACCUUCAAAAACCUGAACAAAUUAUUAUUUUUGCGAUAGCAAAUAUGUAUAGUUCAAAAGGUACUUGCACUCAAAACCAUGAAAAGGAAAAACCCAAGGAGAUGCAAAAAUAAUGUACUUAUUUUAAUCCAUGCUCAAAAGAAUACAAAAAGGUGCUAUUAAACAAAAAACGGAGCAUACAUUUUGACCUCAGGCCUUCAUCAGUGCUGUACAAACAAAUUAUGAAGACAUGUACUUAAGGAGACACACCUUCUGUGCAUAACAGGUGCAACAGGUGAAAACAGAUAGUUCAUUAGAGACUGGCGAAUAGGGAGGAAAUGCAAGGAAUAUAUAGAAGAAUAUAAAAAACGGAAAAAUCAAAUGUCACAUAUCAUUGGAAAGAGACAAAAGUCUGUACAUAACAAUAUCAGAAGCAAUAGAUAUGAAAUACUCAUGUAAGCCAAAAACUCAGAGUGCAGGGGUAGAGAAAUUGGCUCGAAGGGGGGGUCCCUCGGGGCCAGGCUAUUCUAGUGUUAAUUAUUGUUAAACAUUUCAAAGGAGUGAAUAGUACAGUAUAUUGUUUUCUUUUAAGUUGCUUAUGAUAUACAGUAACAUAAAUGUAUGAGUUUGGGAAGGCUUUUUAUCUGGGAAACUGUAACAUAGACACUCCCCUUAGUGUAACUUCAUCGUGUUUUGAUUUGAAGUAUUUGUGUGAUUUUGAAUACAUAGAAAAUAAAAAAAAACAAGC